CCUGACUGGUUUACUGGCGAAAAGUACUGGACGGCACUAAAUUUGUGCUGCUGCUGUUGUUAUGCCGGUAUUACACUACGUACUUUUCCCGAUUGAUUGUUGUACAAACAGAAAAAGAGGGAAAAACAAAAAGGUUUAAAUGUCAGGUUUGUAGAAUAUUGCCAAACCUCGUAAGUCCCCCAAAUGCUGCCUAGCAGCAAUACCAUUAAGGAAGAAGAAGAACCUCGUAAGUAUGCAAGUAAUAAACGUGUAAAACCGAGUAAUUAUGGCGUCGAUUUCCGAAAACAUUUUGGGAUUUGUCAAUGAGUAACUAGCUGGAUUCACUUCUUCUCACGAGUUUUGGCGACAAUGUCAAUUGUCAAAAUUGUCCAACGCCGCUUGGAGGCAAUUUUUUAGCCAAACAUUUUAGUAUUUACAAACAGGAUGGUUUGGCGUCUGUUCUAGAGAAUAAUUAGUAAAAUCUCUUUUCAGUGGUUUCGAUAGGCAGACAACAAAAAUGGACGAGUCCGAAGUAGUGCGGAUAGAACACACCAACAGCACAGAUCUGUUCGAAGAUAGUUUUAGGCCUGAUAAUCAAAACGGAAAGCGAACUAAUGCUGCAGGUAGGAAAAUGCGCCAUAUAGAUUGGGACUCCAGAAAUUCGGUCAUGGAAACCCUGCGCCACAUUCAGGAGGAGAACCCUCAGAUAGAAGCGAUAUUUUUGGAAUCUGAUGAAGGUGACGAUGAAGAUGACGAUAACGCUAUUACUAUAAUUGAGGAUUCCGUCGACCCAAUUGCAGUUCAAAGUAAGAAAGCUAGCAAUAAAGCUCAAACCGAAAAUAAUCAAGUGAACUUGCCAUCUAAUCGACCUUUAAUCUGUAAUACCAAUUCACCAUUUACUGUUAGAGAAGUCUCACCAUACAAGAUACCAUCAUCUUUAAUCCAAAAUUCAAAUACUAUAGCUUUACAAGAAGAUUCUAAAGGGACCACUCCAAAGAGAUACUUGGUUAUACCAAAGGAAGUUGUACCCAUAUUUGCAAAUGCGAAAGGUCCAAUAUCUCUGAAUGUUCCCGGAAUUGGGCCGUUAUUAAUACAAAAGCCUUCCGAAAUCAUUUCGGGUCCUAACGCACAGCUGGAUUUACAGUCAUGCCUGGCUGACCUGGAUUCUUCCUUCAAGAAGCAACCAAAAACUCCAGAAUACAAUCCUCUGUGUGAUUCAAAAUUUUUCUGUUGGCGGUUGCGUAAAGGAGUGAAACGAGAUCUUGAUGGGUUUUCUAUGUAUGACAGAUUAGGAUUUUAUAAAGCAGAGCAACGUAGAGGACUAGAUUGUGCAGCAAAUUUGAAGUUUACUAUCGCAAGCCUUGAAAGUUCAAUAGCUUUAAUAAAGCGAAAAAUAUCAUCCAGCUACAAUAUCGAAUUUAAAGAAUUUGCAAACAACAAAGGGAAAAGAGGCAGAAAGAGAAAAUUAUACUAUGACCAAUCAAGAGAAAAAAGUAAUGGUCGCAGAAGAAAUGCAGAAACCGAAACAUCAGAUACAGAUAGUAGCCUAUCAAAUGAUGGCUUGCUACUGACACGAAAAGUUGUAGUUCUUAAUAAUGCAAAAAGUAAUGACUCAACCUUCGUGAAAAAGCGCGGGCCAGGUAGACCCAGGAAAUAUCCACUUCCAGUUCAUAAGAUGCCAGGUAAACCUAGCCCGGUGAAAUAUUCAGGGGAGGAAGCAAUUAAAUGUACACCGAUAGUUAAAGGUAAACGAGGAAGGCCAAAAAAGGUUGAAAAUAUGGGAGGCGAAGAGAAGAUAAAAUAUUUUCAAUCAUUAUAUGAUAUAACACCGUGCUAUAUAUUGGUUAAUCACUGCGACAUACCAGAGGAAGUUAUGGAAAACUAUGUGGAAACUCAAUAUCCCGAACAAUUCACAGUAAUUGAUAACUUAAAAGAGUUCGAAAACAAAAUUGAUAAUGCAAAACCGUUACUGGUUGUUAAUGAGAAGCAGUGGGGUACUCUGAACCUACCACAAGUUAGCGAAGCAAAUAAUAUGGUUCAUCCUGUAACGGACGAUAGUAAGAUUCCUUUCUCGAUGAAACUAACGGCAGUAAGAUAUAAUUUACGAUUUGUGAAACCUGACAUUUUAUUCCGGCACCUGUCCGGUGAAAAAAUAGAUAAUUAACUUGUUGAUACUUUGGAAGAUUUGAAAAAUGUUUAUAACAUCUUGAGUUAGAGCUGUUUUAUACAGAUGUAUAAAUUUACUUUAAGGUUUUAAGGGUUUGCUUAAAAGUAAGUUUGCAUGCUAUCCUGUUAUCAUAAUUAUAAAAAAUAUAGUUAACUAUGUUUUAUUUUAAGUUUGAAGAUAUUUAGUUCCGGCUAUUCAAAUGUUUGCGAAUAUUCAUCAUUAUUCACACAGUAUAAUGGGUAGCAAAACGUGUCUAUGAGUCUGCCUGUCGUAUUCGAAACGAGAAGCUAAUUGAAAUUGUAUUUUUUGGGUCUAGAGGGUUAUACUUCAAAUCUGCAUGACGACAUUUAAUAAAACGAGCAAAACUUCAA